AUGCUGCACACGUUUACUGUUAUUUCCUUGGCCGCAUCAGCUGUCGCCUCGACAGACGGCACAGACGGCACGCUUCGACCAUGGAAAGCCGCAGGCCCGGGCGACUCUCGCGGUCCUUGUCCAAUGUUGAACACUCUCGCGAAUCACGGCUACUUACCACACAACGGCAGAAACCUCUCGGUUAAACACUUUGGCGAUGCCGUCGUCCAAGCUCUCAAUACCGCCCCCGCAUACGGCACUAGACCUGCGAGCGUGUUCGUCAAAGGCUGGGGCAAAGACUCUUUUGAUCUCGAGAACCUCAACACGCCUGGGAUCCUGCAGCACAUCAGCUCCUUGUCUCGUAAAGAUAUAACGCCUACAGAGAAGAACAUCGCUGUACAUCCUCCACGGGUCGCCGCUCUGCUGGACGACAGUCUGACGGACUAUGUUGACGUAGUCUCAAUCGCGAAGAGCCGCCUCCGCGUGGAGGCGUUAUCUGAGCCCAAGAGACUAUCGACCCGGGAAGAGCUGCUAGCAUAUAUCGAGGCUAGUCUACUGCUGAUGAUAAUGAAGGAGGGUGAAGUGCCGUCUGUGUUUAGUUUUCCCGCUGCAGAGAGUUGGAAAGCGCCCAAGGAACGUGUGAGGGUCUGGUUGACAGAGGAGAGAUUGCCGGAAGAGCUGGGGUGGAAGCGCUCCGAGCGAACGCUGGGUGUGCUGGAUCUGGUGCCGAUUAUGAAGCCUAUCUUUGAUGAGAAGCGGGCACAGAGUGGAAAGAGACCGCUAUGGAAGGCAUUUCUGUCGAAGUUUUGGGGUUCACGGGAUGAGUUAUAG